AUGUUAUUGGGUGAGAACGCCACCAUCUCCUACUACCUCAUCUCCGCGGAGGACCUAUUCACGCUCAACAAUCAAACUGGAGAAGUGAGUCUGCGCCAGCCUCUGGACUACGAGAAGCAAACACACCACAAUUUCACAUUACUUGCCGUAGACGGAGGUCAACCGGCGUUGACAGGCUCCGUCACUGUCACGCUCUUCAUCGAGGAUAUCAAUGACAACGCGCCGGUGGUGACGUCUGAUCUCCUAUUGUCUGCUUGGGAAAAUCAUUCAGCCGGCAAUCGAAAUCUAUUUCUUUUAGCGGACCCCAUCGGCGCCCUAUCAGCUAUAGAUCUUGACUCAGGACUAAAUGGCAAUUUCUACUUUAAAAUUGCCUCGAUCAAGCCUUGCUUCUGUGGUGCACCACCGACAGGAGAGAAGGUACCUGAUCUCAACGAUUCCCUGUGCUCGUGGGCCCUGGAGAUGGUCAACAAGUGUGACGUAAAUUCGGUGGAGAAAGCCCACCGAUUGUGCAGUCGAGCGCCUCUCAAAUAUACUCCCUCUUGGACCUCCAAGGAGUAUAGAAGGUUUUUCAUGACGGAGCGGGGCGACCUUUACCUUCGGUAUCCCAACCUAGACAGAGAGACAGUUCCCGUAUACUUGAUCCAAGGCAUGGUCACCGAUCGUGGGCAUCCACCCCAAAGAACAACUUUCUGCGCGACUGUAGUGGUCAAAGAUGUUAAUGACUGCCACCCCAAAUUUACGUUUCCGGCUCUCACCAAUAAUACCGUUCUUGUACGACUGCCAAUACAUCGGGGAGAACCACUUGUGCAAUUGCACGCCACUGACAACGACGCCAAUGAAAACGGCGAGCUGCAUUUCGCAUUCGCAGAGGAGCCAGAGAGCUCUGUGGCCAAUCUCUUUGACAUCCAUCCCUUCACUGGUCUCAUGGUUUCCAAGUACAAUCUCCAGCUAGGAGAUUUGGAGUUUCUUGGUCCCACAUUAUCCAUUCUGAAACAGACUCAUGCGGUGAGAAUAAAGGUAGCAGAUCUGGGAACGCCUUCGCUAGCUUCCUACGCCAACUUGCGAGUGCGUUUUCAGGUGAGAUCGAAUGGAAAUCUGGAGGCAGAUUUUCCGUCCCUGAAAGAGCAGCUAUUUCUGCAACGAUGGCAACAACAGCACCAGACUGCAGACCCUUUUGAGGAGUAUGGAGCGCUUCAGGCGGACUUGACGCGCUCCUUCAAUCGCACCACUUGGCGAAGUAGCGUCGUUUUCAUAAUCCUCUGCGCAUUCUUCCUCAUCCUCCUCCUCCUUCUGGCCGUCCUCCUCCUCGCCAUUUUCAUCCGACGCUCGCUCCAUCCCCUGUCUCCCUACAGCCCCACCACUACCACCGCCUCCGCUCUCACAGCCGCUGCGGCCUCCCGGCGCGUCCCAAUGACUCUCUUCGUCUCCCCCAUGCAUCAUCACCAGAACCCCAACUACCAGCUCAGUGGCAGCUCCUUCACCCUUCCCCUACCCAUUACUCCCUCUCACACGCUGCCUCAUGACCUCCCACAGACUUCUGGGCUCAGUGGUUCGGGCGACCUAUCCAUCGACUCUAGUGCUGUUUGA